AUGACCCCGCUCCUGCCCCAUCGAUUUCUGAAAGGCAUCGGGCGCGACACGGUCCUGGCGCUGCACGCGGCGGGGGCGCGGGUGGUGGCCGUGAGUCGGACCCAAGCCGACCUGGACAGCCUUGUCCGCGAGUGUCCCGGGAUAGAGCCCGUGUGCGUGGACCUGGGCGACUGGGAGGCCACGGAGCGGGCGCUGGGCGGCGUGGGCCCCGUGGACCUGCUGGUGAACAACGCUGGUGUGGCGCUGUUGCAGCCUUUCCUGGAGGUCACCAAGGAGGCGUGUGACACGUCCUUCAACGUGAACCUGCGGGCUGUCAUCCAGGUGUCCCAGAUCGUGGCCAGGGACUUGAUAGCCCGGGGAGCACGGGGGGCCAUCGUGAAUGUCUCCAGCCAGGCAUCCCAGCGUGCAUUGACUAACCACAGUGUCUACAGCUCCACCAAGGGUGCCCUGGACAUGCUGACCAAGUCGAUGGCCCUAGAGCUCGGGCCCCACAAGAUCCGUGUGAAUGCAGUAAACCCCACAGUGGUGAUGACACCCAUGGGCCAGGCCAACUGGAGUGACCCCCACAAGGCCAAGACUAUUCUGAACCGCAUCCCACUUGGCAAGUUUGCCGAGGUGGAGAAUGUGGUGGACGCCAUCCUCUUCCUGCUGAGUGACCGAAGCGGCAUGACCACAGGCUCCACUAUGCCAGUGGAUGGGGGCUUCCUGGCCACCUGAGCUCCCUCCACCCACACACCUCAGCCCAAUGCUGAGCCCACCCCUGUUCCCCCAUUCCUUCAAUAAACCUGAUUCUUCUGCCCA